AAAAUUGGAAUUAUGGAUUCUUACGUCUCAAAUUAGGGCAUUAUUCCAUUUACCAACGGUUUGAGGGGGAAAACAAGACGAAAAAGAAAAACAAAGAAAAAACAUAAAUCAGUCGGCGUUGGAAUGGGCGGGUCUCACCGGCGGUGAAUCCCGGUUUCAGAGACGAGCAACGCUGUGGGUCUCUUGUUGGUAUGGUGAGUUGCUUUUCUGCCAUUUCUUCAGGUGGCGACAGAGCACGAUUAUACGCUGUAGUUGAUUUCUUCUGUUUAAUUUGGAGGAUGCUUUCCUCUUGACGAUGGUUUUUAUAGCUCGGAAGGUGAAGCGCCAUUGAAGUUGCUUAUGUUUUUUUUAUACCUGGUGUCAUAAGCUGGUUCUCGAAGUGGAUGUAUGCCCAAAGUUUGAACCAUUAUGUGUCUUGUUCUUUUGUCUCCAUUGUUUUGCUUUCAGUUUAGUUUUGUGUUGGGUGGGUUUUUUCUUUCAGUUUUUACAAGAAUUUUGAAGGUACUGGAUUUAGCAUUCACACUCCCAAAUUUACAUUCGUCAAAUUCUUACAAAGAGGCCAAAUGAUGCUUCACGUUGGCAAUUGUAGAGAAAUAGGGCAAGAUAAUUUCACUGCUCGCUUAAUUCAAACCAAAACUUCUUCUUCAUUUAUGGAGUGUGUCAAUGCGAAAGGACAACACUGCCUUUUCCUUUACACUUCAUUGACUAGCCGGGAGCUCAAUUUCGUAAAUUUGAAUUCUCAAAAGCAUGUUAAUAGAGACCUGAAGGUUUCUUUAGGGUUUAAGCUUCAGUGUCAUUCAAGAACUUUGUCCAUGCCCUCCCAAAGAUUAUCGACUAAUGGGAAGAAGAAGAGCUACGGUGGCAUAUUGCCCUCAAUAUUACGCUCUUUGAAGUCCUCUAAUGAUAUUGGGAGUAUCCUAAGUUCCUCGUGCCAAAAUCUGAGUCCGAAAGAACAAACUGUGAUACUUAAGGAACAGAGUCAGUGGGAAAGAGUCAUUCAGGUAUUCCAGUGGUUCAAGUCUCAGAAAGAUUACGCUCCCAAUGUAAUUCACUAUAACAUCGUACUUCGCACUCUGGGGCGAGCUCAAAAAUGGGAUGAGUUGAGGCUUUGUUGGAAUGAAAUGGCUGAAAAUGGUGUUGUCCCGACUAAUAAUACUUAUGGUGUGCUCAUAGAUGUCUAUGGCAAGGUAGGUCUAGUAAAAGAAGCACUUCUCUGGAUUAAGCACAUGAGAGUAAGAGGCAUUUUUCCAGACGAGGUAACCAUGAACACUGUAGUUCGAGUCUUAAAAGAUGCUGGAGAAUUUGAUUCUGCUGAUAAAUUCUACAAGGACUGGUGUAGGGGGCUGGUUGAACUGAAUGAUUUUGAUUUGAAUUCAGGGGUUGAGGAUUUUGGCGUUAAUUCUGCAAUUGAACCAAUUACUCUCAAGCAUUUUUUGUUGACUGAGCUUUUCAGGAUUGGCACGAGGAUUCCCAAUCGAAAAGUGUCGCCAGAGGUGGAUAAUUGUGUACGAAAGCCAAGACUAACAUCUACAUACAAUACAUUGAUAGAUUUGUAUGGAAAGGCAGGACGCCUCAAGGAUGCUGCUAAUGUGUUUGCAGAAAUGCUAACAACAGGUAUCUCAAUGGAUACCAUUACUUUUAACACUAUGAUCUAUACCUGUGGGAGCCAUGGGCAUCUUGCAGAGGCUGAAACUUUGCUUCUUAAGAUGGAAGAACGUGGAUUAUCUCCAGAUACCAAAACCUACAAUAUAUUUCUUUCUCUAUAUGCAAACGAUGGGAAUAUUGAUGGGGCCCUCAAGUGUUAUAGAAGAAUUCGAGAGGUAGGUCUUUUUCCUGAUGUGGUAACUCAUAGAGCUCUUCUGCAUGUAUUAUCGGAGAGGAAUAUGGUGGAAGAUGUGGAGAAUGUGAUAGCAGAAAUGGAGAAAUCUCAUAUUCUUCUUGAUGAACAUUCACUCCCUCGUGUCAUUAAGAUGUAUAUUAAUAAAGGCCUGCUUGAUCGAGCCAAGAUACUUCUAGAGAAGUAUGGAUUGGAUACUGAAUUGUCACCUAGGAUAUCAGCUGCAAUUAUAGAUGCUUAUGCUGAAAAAGGAUUGUGGUUUGAAGCCGAGUCUAUUUUUCUACGGAAAAGGGAUUUAGCAGGGAAAAAAAUGGAUGUUAUGGAAUAUAAUGUCAUGAUAAAAGCUUACGGAAAGGGUGAACUCUAUGAAAAAGCAUUUCUUCUCUUCAAGAGCAUGAAAAACCGUGGCACUUGGCCCGAUGAGUGCACUUACAAUUCUCUGAUUCAGAUGUUCUCAGGAGGUGAUUUAGUGGAUGAAGCAAGAAGCCUUUUGACUGAAAUGCAGGGAAUGGAGUUUAAACCGACAUGUCAGACAUUCUCUGCUGUUAUUGCAAGUUAUGCUCGCCUAGGACUAAUGUCUGAUGCAGUUGAAGUAUAUGAUAUGAUGGUACAUGCAGAAGUUGAACCAAACGAAAUCUUGUAUGGCGUUUUAAUUAAUGGAUUUGCUGAAAUUGGUCAAGCUGAAGAGGCACUUAAAUACUUUCGCCUUAUGGAGAAAUCUGGAAUUGCAGAAAACCAGAUUGUGUUGACAUCCCUUAUAAAGGCGUUUAGUAAGGUGGGUAGCUUGGAAGAUGCAAGGAGAAUGUACAAUAGGAUGAAAAACAUGGAGGAAGAUGCAGAUACCAUUGCAUCAAAUAGCAUGAUCAAUCUAUAUGCUGACUUGGGAAUGGUAUCUGAGGCUAAACAAAUUUUUGAAGAUCUGCGAGAACGGGGCUGCGCAGAUGGUGUAUCAUUUGCAACUAUGAUAUAUCUUUAUAAGAACAUGGGCAUGCUUGAUGAAGCCAUAGAGGUAGCAGAGGAAAUGAAAGAAUCAGGUUUGUUGAGGGAUGCUACAUCAUUUCACAAGGUAAUAGAAUGCUAUGCAAUUAACGGACAACUAAGGGAAUGUGGUGAAUUGCUCCAUGAGAUGGUAAUGAGGAAGCUUUUGCCAGAUAAUGGAACCUUCAAUGUAUUAUUUACUGUAUUAAACAAAGGAGGUAUCCCAGUAGAAGCCGUAUCACAGCUAGAAUCAGCAUAUCAUGAAGGGAAGACUUAUGCACGGCAAGCCAUCAUAGCUGCGGUAUUCUCUGCUGUUGGAUUGCAUGCUUGUGCUCUCGAGUUAUGUGAUACAUUCUUAAAGGCUGAAGUGCAACUUGACUCGUUUGCGUACAAUGUUGCCAUAAAUGCUUAUGGGGCGGCUGAAAGAAUCGAUAAAGCCUUAAACAUAUUUAUGAAAAUGCAGGAUCAAAAUCUCAAGCCAGACCUGGUAACUUAUAUAAAUCUGGUAGGUUGUUAUGGUAAAGCUGGUAUGAUUGAAGGUGUGAAGCAAAUAUACAGCCAACUAAAAUAUGGAGAGAUAGAGCGCAACAAAUCAUUGUUCUAUGCAAUCAUUAAUGUAUUUAGAAGUGCCAAUAGAUAUGACCUUGUCCAAAUGGUCACCCAAGAAAUGAAAUUUUCUUUGGACUCGGAAGUAUAUUCUGAAUCUGAGCUUGAUAAUCUGUCUGAUGAAGACUCACUAGGUUUUUGAAAUCCCAAAACAGUGUAAUCUUUGCAAUUGGCGUUCGUUUUUGGUGUAUUGUAUAUUGUACAUGAGCAGCUUUAAGCAGGUAUGUAUGUAUAUCAAUGUAGACAUGCAAUUGAUAUAUCAAUAUUAAAAAUUCUCUCAUGCUGCCAUGCAGCUUUGUCUUUAA